AUGACGGAGGGCAAGGCGCAGGUGGUGGCGGUGUGCGAUGCGGAUGCGGUGUUCCGGGUGUUCACAGCCUGCCCUCACGACCCCAAGACGCUCAUAAUCGACGUUCGAGACAAGAAAAAGUGGGACAGGGGCCACAUCGCCGGCUCAUACUGCAUCAGGCUGCCUGCCAGCGGCGGCACGCUGCUAGACUACUCCAAGUGCGAGUAUGACCUCAAGUGGAGCACGGAUGUUUGGUGGAACAAGGACUGCAUCGUGUAUGGCGAGGCAGGGCUCAAGCGGGACCACCCCGUCGUCGCCUUCCUGGCCAAUGAAAAGCGCGCCCGCAGCAUCGCAGUGUUCCGCGAGGGUCUGGAGGCCUUCCAGCAGCGCUACCCCUUCCUGGUCACCACAUCUGUGCGGGCGGGGGCGGGGCGGCGCUACCCCUCCCAGCUGGAGCCGCUCCUGUAUCUGGGCGACUGGUCGCACGCAGAGGCGCUGGAGCGGCACGCCGAGCUGGGCAUACGGGCGGUGGUGACCAUCCACAACAACCCAGACAACCUGCGCCUGCCGCCGGGAAGGUACAGCCACCUGAAGAUCGAGCUGCCUGACAUCGAGACUGCCGACAUCUCUGCCCACCUGCGGGCCGCCUAUGACUUUAUCGAGGAGGCGCGCGCCGCCAAGCGGGCCGUGCUGGUGCACUGCGGCGCGGGCGUCUCCCGCUCAGCCACCCUCUGCAUCGCCUACCUCAUGCGCAAGCACAGGUGGAGCGCGCAGCGGGCGCUGGAGCUGACCAAGGCGAGGCGCAGCCUGGUGGCGCCGAACGACGGCUUCUGGCGCACGCUGUGCGCGCUGGAGGCGCAGCUGGGUAUCGCGGAGAGGUGGGGCCUGGCGGCGGCGGCGGCGGCGGCGGCGGUGGUGGUAGGGAGCAACGCCGACGCCUUUGCCGGCUUCCACGGCGCCGACGCCCCGGUGGUGGCGGAAAUAGUCGAGCCCAAGGUGCAGGUGACCUUCAUCCCAGCUGGCGCCACGUCAGCGCCAGCUGGCAGCAAGGCGCAGGCGCCGGCCCCGCCGCCCAAGGCGCCGCUGCCGGCCGAAAGGGGUGGCGAGCUUGAGCGGCGGCGGGAGCGCAGCCGCAGCCGCAGCAGAGACCGGCGGCGGCGCAGCCACAGCCGGGAGCGGCGCAGGAGCCGCAGCCGCAGCAGAGACCGGCAGCGGCGGCGCAGCCGCAGCCGCAGCAGGGAUCGCCGGCGUGACGGCAGCAGGGAGCGGCGGCGGCGGGACGAGGAGCCCCGUGGCGGCGCCGCUGCGGAGCCUGCUCCAGCGCAGCAGCAGCAGGAGGAGGAGCGUGUGGAUGUGGAGAGCACAGAGGGAGCGGUGCUGGAGGUGGUGCGGGAGGGCAAGUCGCUAGGCCAUCUGGUGGUGGAGCUGUGGCGGGUGAGCCAGGAGUGCGUGUUUGGGCGGAUGCCGUCGUGCGACGUGCAGCUGGAGCACUUGUCCAUAUCGCGCGCCCAUGCCCAGCUGACCACAGACGGCGCGGGCAACCUGUUUGUCACAGACAUGGGGUCGGCCCACGGCACCAAUGUGGAUGACGCCUGGAUCAAGGCGAAGGUGCCCAAGCAGCUGCGGGUGGGCAGCGUGUUCAAGUUUGGUGCGAGCGUGAGGCAGUACAAAGUGGCCAAGCUGCCGCAGCGGACGGCGGCGCGGCGGUGA